UUGCAGAAAUUAAUGUUUGCAUAUGUAAUGCUGAUAUAUAUAUAUAUAUAGCUCUUACGAUAUUUAAAUCACAAUAGAAAUCACAUGCCUGUCUAUUUUAUUUUCAACUAUUAAUUUACUUGAAGAAAUUAAAAUGCUCUAAAACCAGAAACUAGAAAAGCCAAUACAGCCAACCAACGCAAUUUGUGCUCUGUUCGAUCUUGUUCUCGUUGUUGCCGGAGAAAAUGUCCGGUGACGGAUCUUGCUAUUACUCUGUGCUUGGCUUAUGCAAGCAGGCUUCAGCCUCUGAGAUUCGUGACGCCUACCGCAAGCUCGCUCUGAAAUGGCAUCCAGACAGGUGGACGACGAAAGAUCCCACAGUUUCCGGAGAAGCAAAGAGAAAAUUUCAGCAAAUUCAAGAGGCUUAUUCAGUCCUAUCUGAUAACCGGAAGAGACGAGUGUAUGAUUCUGGAUUGAUAGGGUUUCUCGAAGAUGAUGUAGAUCAAGAGUUGAAUGAUGGAAAACAGGGUUUUCUUGAUUUCAUGCAAGAAAUGAUCGUGAUGAUGGAAAGUGUGAGACAACAGUUUUGUUUUGCCGAACAGGAGAACACACUCUCCAAUCUUCAAGAUUUGUUAAUGGAGAUGGUGGGGGAAGAAAAGAUCAAUUUUGAAUAUGAUGAUUGGAGGGGUUUGGUUUGGGAGAAAUUCCCUUCAUCUUAAUUAUGUUAUAUACUCAGCUAGUUUAUAAUUGAAGAUGAAAACUUCAAGUAAACAAUACCUAAUUUUGUUCGAGGAGUGAUUAAAUAAAGACUUUGAAAGGGUGUAGAAGAAUGUAAGAAAAGAAGUAACUCUGAGGAGUGAUAAGAAGAGAA